AUGAAAGUCAUUGUUGUCGGAGCUUCGGGUGAGACAGGAACAUCUGUUGUGCACGGCCUUAUCAAGUCUCCCGAAAACUUCGAAGUGACUGCUCUCGCUCGCAAGUCCUCAGUGGACAAGCCAGAGUAUCUCGCACUCAAGGACCUGGGUGUCACUGUUUCCACAGUAGAUCUCGGCACUGUUAGCGAUGAACUUGUUGCCCUUCUCACUGGUGCCGAUGUCGUCAUCUCUUGUUUGACUUCUGGUCAUGCAGAGCACGUAAAAACCCAGAAUAUUCUUGCCAGUGCUUGCAAAAAGGCGUCUGUAGGCCGCUUCGUUCCUAGUUUCUUUGGGCCUAUAUGCCCCCCUCGAGGAAUCAUGUUACUUAGAAAUCUGAAAGAAGACCUUCUUGAUCAUAUCAAGAGCAUAUAUUUGCCCUAUACAGUCAUUGAUGUUGGCUGGUGGUAUCAGCUCUCACUACCUCCUCUACCUUCUGGCAAGCUUGCAAACGCCCUCACCAUGCCUGUUCAGACUAUCUCAGGCAAUGGAAACACUGAGACUGCCCUGAUCGACAAACGAGACAUUGGAAAAUACGUGGCUCGUGUCAUUGUGGACCCACGCACACUGAACAAGUCAGUGUUUGUGUACAACGAGAUCUGGACCCAGAAUCGCAUCUUCGAUCUCAUGGAGAAGUUGUCCAGCGAAGAGAUACCCAGAAAUCAUGUCAAUGAACAAGUUCUUCAAUCCAAAAUUAAGACUGCGAAUGAGGCUGUCGCCGCAGGCGAUAACACUCAGAUAAGAAACUUGGUCAUGUCCCAGUAUGAGCUUGUAUUAGGAAUUCGUGGAGACAAUUCUCCAGAGUGUGCCAAGUAUCUGGGGUAUCUGAUUGGGAAAGAUUUAUAUCCUGAUCUUCAGGGCGAAAGUCUUGAACAAUUCAUCAACGACACACUGGCUGGGAAAAUUGAACGCCUAUACGCAAGACGUCGUUAG